AGCUUUUAUUGCUUUAUUUUCCAAAGAUUUUGCGCGGAGAUAAUAAGGCCAUUAUUGGAAGUGAAUAAAGCCCUGCUUUCGGUGCGGCUGACUGUGAAGAAGUACUUUGUGGAUUUUUACUAAGUGUGGAGCAGUGAUGUAAUGUGCAUGCAGGUAUAAAUAUAGAGGCCUGGCUUUGCCGAGUCCAUGCAGAUCAAUGUCGCUCCCGGGCGCUGCUGCCUGCUUCGCUCUGCUUCUCGCUCUUCUCUCUUCACUGGAGAGUCGAACACUGGGAAGCUGCUCUCACAGACGCAGCCGGGAUGGGCUCUCUGGCGGCCCUGCGGACCGUCCUGAUCCUGGGCCUGGUGGCGAGACUGGCAGGAUGCGCUCCCGGCCUGAACGGCACGGCGGACCGCUGGGAGGCCCUUUACUCCCGGUCCCUCGCGCGAAUCCCAGGGGAGAAGCGGGAGGAGAGCGGCCGGGACAGCAACUACCUCCUCGGCAUUAAGAGGUUGAGGCGGCUCUAUUGCAACGUGGGGAUCGGUUUUCACAUUCAGGUGUUACCAGAUGGCAGAAUAACGGGAGUACACAACGAACAUCGUUACAGUCUCUUGCAGAUCUCUCCGGUGGAGAGAGGAGUGGUGACCUUGCUGGGCAUUCGCAGCGGACUUUUUGUGGCCAUGAACCGACGGGGAAAGUUGUACGGAUCUUUACAUUACAACAACGAGUGUAAGUUCAGAGAGACGCUCCUUGCCAACAACUACAAUGCUUACGAGUCAGUUGCCUACCCAAGGAUGUUCAUCGGCCUGAAUUAAAGAUCUCCACCGAGAUCUGGAUCAGGACAUCACUGAGCUCAUGGACAGCUUGAGGUGCAACCUGGUGACAUUGGAUGGACUGAAACAAAACGUCCUAGAGGAGUUCUAUUGGAUUUAGGUCAGGAGAGCGUGGGAGCCAGUCAGCGGCAUCAGUUCCUUCAUCCUCCAUGAACUGCCUGCAUACUCUCACCACAUAAAGCCGUGCUGUCAUGCACCAGCAGGAACCCAGACCCACUGCACCAGUGUAGGGUCUGACAAUGUGUCCAAAGAUUUCCUUCUGAUACCUAAUGGCAGUCAGGCCUGUUCUUUACUCCAUGGAUAUGCCUCCCCAGACCAUUCAUGGUCCUGGACAGUGAGCAUGGGGCCUACCAGUAGGUUUCUCAUUGUGUGUCAAAGACAUUCACACCAGUGGCCUGCUGAAAGGUCAAUUUGUAGCCUUGGCAGUCCUCAUCCUGUUCCUCCUUGCACAAAGGAGCAGAUACUGGAACUGCAAAUGGGAUAAACCUUCUAGUCAUUCCUGUUUUGGGGGUUGUCUCGUUGUUGCCCCUCUAGUGCACCUGCUGUUAAUUUCAUUAACACCAAAGCAGCUGAACCUGAUUAACACCUCCCUCUGCUACUUAACUGACCAGAUCAACGUCCCAGAUGUUUAAUUAACUUGAUGUUAUAUUUGGAUUAAAAAGUGCUCCUUUCAUUUUUUUAAGCAGAACUGAACUAGCUGCACUAAGUGAGCUAGUUCAGCUUAGUCAGUGGCAGUCAGUCGCGGGCCUACUUGCUAACUAGCUAGCUAGCUAGCUUAGUGGAGCAAUUGAACUAGCUAGUUCAGCUUAGCUUAAAGUCAGCAAAUUUUAUCAACCAGCACACCUGAUGCUCCCUGAUCAAAAUAUGUGCUGUUGGUUUAAUUUAUGUUAUCCUGGGAUACUGGCAUCAGGUGAACCACAAAUAGGCCAACAAUGUUGUACAAUGUUAGCUUAUUAAAGCAAUCUAAACAAAGAUACAAUAGCACAAGUGAGAUUAAGAGGUAGUAAGGUUAGUUUUCUGGUGCAUUUCACCAGCUGUUAUUUCCACAUGCAGUGCUAAUAAAAAAAUCCUCUCCAUCCAUCCACUUUGAAGAAAAUGCAAACUCUGUCGCUCUUCUGGAACAGUCUCUACUUCCUUUAAGUGAGUUUGUCUUUUAUUUCCCUCUGUAUCAACGACCACUUUCAGGUGUUGAUUUAACUUCCUGUAGCAGUAGCUGUCCCGCCUGGCUCAGUUUUGUGUCCAUUUUUGCCAAACCCUGUUUUUCUUGCAUUUGUCUCUGUCUCUCUGUGUCCCUGUAGUUGACUGCAGCUCAGCACUGUUGGCCAUGUUGUCCUAGUUGCUCCUUGUCACGUUCCAGCUAUCUUUACCCUGUGAUUUACUUUUAGAAAGGAUAAUCAUGGAAGAAAUAUUUACAGACAGCUGUUGGACUGUACUAUAUGCUAGGGCCAGUAACCCUAUAUUUUUCUUUAUAUAUUUUGUAAAUAUAACCUCUGAGUAACUGAAGGUGCUGGUAUUCCUUUCAGGGGGGAAGGUCAGAUUUAGAGCAACUGAGUGGUGUGGCGGAUACUGCCUGAAGGCAAAAGGUGCUUUUAAUUUGUUCACUUUUAUGCAGUCAUUGAACAACGUCACCAAACAUCAUUAACCAAGUUUAACAAACACAGAGGAGAAAGGCAAAAGGUGACCUCUUCUUACUUGCUUUAGUUUUUCUUCUCUUGCCUGUUUUCUCAUUCAGCCUCUUUGUUGAGAGCUUUGAAGUCUCAGUUUCAGCAUACGAUGGCGCAUAAUGUAACCAACUGAUUGCUGUUUCAGAUUGAACCAUUUUCAUCACUGGGUUACGGAGCCUUCAGUAGAAAUUACGCUUGAUUAGCACAUGGUAGAGUCACACUGAAUGCACACGCUAACUACUGCAAAUAGUUCAGGCAAAUAUUAUGCAAACUGUUUCUGUUGUGGCUUUAUGUCCUGAUCUCUGGAAAGAGGCCUUAAUGCCAAGACUGACCGAAGCACUGCAGCAUCGCUGUGAUUCACACUUCAAAAGAAGUGUAUAGAAGCUACCAAGCCACUCUCUGCUUGUCCUCAAACAUAUGUUGCAGUGUGGUGUUUGGACAUCCAUUUGGAUGUCACAGUUGAACAGCAGUGAUUUAAACAAGUAUACUGCUGUGCCUGUUGCUCUCAGCUAGGUUGAGUAUUCUCCGGUAUCACUGAUUUGCAUGGCAGGCAUUAUAUGUACAGUAAAAUACCUUUCUGCCUUGUGUCUCUAACCUAGGGCCAGCCCUCUGUCCCACCUGCUCAUUUGAUUAUCCAAGCAACAGCAGUGCAGCCUGCAGCUUGUACAAAGUGAGCAAAUACUUUUUCACGGCACUGUAAACUCUGGUUAAAGUAUGCAAAUGGCUCACAGCAGGUUGAAUAUAAGUGGUGACAUGUGGCCUGUCUCAGACUGAGGCAUCACAGAAAGAUGCAUUGAUUUUAUUUAUGGUCAAAAGCAACUGAACCCCCAAAUUUCUUUCCACGUUACUGUUAAAGUAGCUUUUAUUUUUAUUCUCAUUUUAUCAAUGUGGCUCAAUCCAUUCAGAUGUAACUAACAGAAAUUAUGCUUUUGGGACUGGAUUUCUUUGUUCAGACUGGUUUAUCAUGAAGUACAAAACUGGUGAUCUGUGAUUGUCUGCUGCCUCUGGGCCACUGUUCAGAAAAAAUGAUGACAUGAUACUGUACUAUGUUUGAUUCGGAGUCAACCUACUUUUAUCCGAUGUCCUGUGGUUUUAUACAGGACUUAAUAAAGUAUAAUACAGUAUGUGCUGUGCACAUUGUUAAAGUCCACCGUAAGGGCAAUUGACAAUGAAAACCCUAUCCCCUAAAUGUAAAGUUUAUGAUUGUCUGUACUGUAUAAUAAGGUUUGAUCAAUCUGACAUCCACAUAUAAAAAUGCAGUAUGUAUAUAUGACAUAGCAUUACACGAGUGUAUUCAUGUUGUGGGGCAAGUACAUAAAACAUAACAGUUUGUCUCCUCUCUGCAGUAGUUUGUGGCUCAUCCUGUUUGAUUUUCAUGGCCUCUCUGCUCAUGUGUUUUGUUUUCUCUUUCCCCUCACACACCCUAACUGGUCACAGCAGAUAACCACCACUAGCCCAGUUCUCCUGAAAUUGUCUUCCUGUUAAAAAGGAGUUCAUUCUCUCCCAUACUGCCAUGUUCUAGGUCAGGGAUGAUCGACAGAUCGUUGUAGCUCCAUCAAUAAUAACACAGCACCUUUAUCACACAAUGUAAAGGAACUUGAGAUAUGAUUGGGUGCUAACGCUGAAUUAAUCUGCAGACCUCUGUAAAAAACAGGAAUUAAUUUGUACUUUCCAGGCAAUUUCUGCCUUUUUGUUAAUAUUAUCGAAAUCCUAUUUGUUUCUAGAAGUGCUAAAAGCUCUACACCAGGGUGUCACACUCAUUUUAAAUCACAGACCCACAGCCCACUUUGAUCUUAAGCAGGCGGGAGCAGUGUGUGGCGGAGGUGUGGUCCCGGGCGCGGCUGCAGGGGAGGAGUGGCGCAGUGAGCUCAAUGGGGCGGUGCUGGAGAGGCAGGUGAGAACAGCUGAUGGCGUUUGGACUGAUGACAGUUUUCCUGCCUUUUUUAGUGAGACGGGAGAGGAGCGGAGGAGAGCCUGGGACUCAGCUGAGACCGGAGCUGUCAGACUGUGUACUGUCACAACAAACCAAAAACUAUAAAUAAACGUGGCCGCUGGCGACAAAG